AUGGGCCGCAAGUUCUUCGUCGGAGGUAACUUCAAAAUGAAUGGAACUAUCAGUUCCAUCAAGGAAAUCGUCCAUAACCUCUCAACCGCCAAGCUGGACUCGAACACCGAAGUCGUUGUGGCUCCCCCAUCCCUCUACCUUCUAUUGACUCGCGAGCACCUUGGGCCCAACAUUGAGGUGGCUGCCCAGAAUGUCUUCGACAGACCCAACGGUGCCUUCACCGGCGAGAUCUCUGUGGCUCAACUUAAGGACAGCAACAUCACAUGGACACUGUUGGGCCACUCCGAGCGCCGGACCAUUCUCAGAGAAGAGGACGAAUUCGUGGCAUGCAAGGCUAAGGCUGCGCUAGACGGUGGAAUCGGCGUCAUUCUAUGUUGUGGUGAGAGCCUCGAGGAGAGAGAAGCAGGCACUACCGUGGAUGUGGUCACCAGACAACUGGCGGCAGUGAACAAGUCAAUUGGCAAGGAUGGCUGGAAGAACGUUGUUAUUGCCUACGAGCCCAUCUGGGCCAUCGGAACCGGAAAAGUUGCCACGACUGAGGUCCGUUGUGCAGAACAAGCACAAGAAGUCCACGCAGCCAUCAGAAAAUGGCUCUCCGAAUCGGUGAGCCCAGAAGUUGCUGAGGCCACGAGGAUUAUCUAUGGUGGCAGUGUGUCCGAGAAGAACUGCAGAGAACUGGCCAAGCAAACCGAUGUGGAUGGUUUCUUGGUCGGUGGUGCCAGUCUCAAGCCUGCCUUUGUCGACAUCAUCAAUGCCAACAUCUGA